AUGGGGUCACGGUGGGCUCCACUGCUCGUGCUGCUCGCAUUGGUACUGAGUAGCGGCAGCGCUGCGACAGGGCCAUUGGAACCGCUGCAGUGCCCCUACCAAAACGAAGAGGCACCGCACAAGCCACAACCGCCCAUCACGACAUGUUCGUGGUAUGCGGACAAUGCGUGCUGCGAUCACCGCGACACAAACGACCUCAUCCGUUGGCUCUACGUCUCGCAGAAGAGUGGCGGGCAGGACGGCACCAACGGCGAGUGCCUCUCGCUUCUCCACGUCAUGCGAUGCGGUCUGUUGUGCUCGCCAGCGCAGGCAGACUUCGUCGAGAAGACCAAUCCCAUGCAGUCCAGCUCUAAACUCAAGCUGGCGGCAUCGCCGCAGAUGCCUUACACCUACAGGCUGUGCUCCUCCUUCUGCGAUCGCCUGUACGCUGCGUGCAGUGACGAAGGAAUGCGAGAGGUUGAAGAGGCGGAGGCCGGACCAACAUGGGAUGCUGCGAUGACCUGGGACUCUGAAUCUUCGUCCCCCGCUGCAGAAGAGUUCUGCAAGUCGAUGGCGCCAUCUGACGUCGAGAUCGUUGUGGUUGAGGACAUUCCUACUAAGUCUGGGGACGGCCACAAGCACAUGUGCUUCAACGGACGGCCGACUACGGCGAGCGCAAAGACGUCGUUCGCCUAUGGCCAAGGUCUGACAGCAGACUUUGCCGGACGGUGGAGCUUCUUCAUUCAGGCGGUGGACGCGCAAGGCGAAGAGAUACGCGACGGAGGUGACCACUUUAUGGCCAGGGUGCAGCAGAUUCCGGAGGGAGUGAGCAUCGAUGUAGAGCAGACCGACAUGUCCAAUGGCCUCUACUCGGUUUCGUUUGUUCUCAGCGACCCGGGUCGAUACCAGAUAUCGGUGCUGCUAGAAGGUCAGCACGUAAGCAACAGCCCUGCGUACACCACGAUUGUCGACCACAACAAGUGCCUAGUUCCCAAGACCAACCGACGUGCACAACGGCCCGAGCCGCAGCUGAAGAGAUGCAAGUGGUACAACGAGAAGGCUUGCUGCACCGCUGAGAAGGAUCGGUCAGUUGACCAGUGGAUGGCCAAGGCGAUCAACCCCCUCUUCAAGGUAUGCCCGUUGUUCACCCUGGUGUCGACGGCAGUCAAAUAA